CAAGGUUGUGGCUGGGCGGUCACAAUAUUACCUGUCCUUUCACCUUUCUCGCCUGUCGGUCGUUUCUGCCAAAAGACAGCCUCGCGUACGUUAAGGCCCGGCGGUUGCUAGGUGCGCUGUGCCACGACGUUGACAACGCGACAGCGGCUGCGCACUCGGCGACUUCCGUCGAAUCAAAGCCAUGCGAAAGGCUGUCGUAAACUAAUCAGCCAAGGAACACUGUUAAGCCCCUGCGAUGCAGGUGAGCGGCUCACACCUGUCAGGUACAUCAAUAACCAGCGCUUGCCCUCCUGGGCGGCGGGACUAACAGAUGGCGGCGACGACGAGCAAGGAAAGGACAACAAGAAGACAACAACAGCGGAGGGUUCACAGCCGGCCAUCGCCCCGUUGAUUAUCGAGCUUCGUGACCUCCGUCAAACCAAAACAGACCGACAGGUGGUCGUGUACCCGGGGGUGGAUUCUAUUGUGCGACGCUGAUAAGUGAACGGGGAAGUGUUGAAGACUUGUGACAGGCUCAUCAACAGAGAUACCUUGGAGUGAUGGCGGGCCACGACAGCCACCAAUAUCCUUGAUCACACCGUCGUCCUCGGACAAACCGCAAUUUGUGCCAAGAAAACCUCUUCAGCUCUCGGCUCGCGGAUCAAAGACUUUUGGGAGGGGCUUGGUAACCCCCAACCCCUUGAUCGACAGAAGGUGCUGGACUAGACUUCCAACAUGGAGGCCGCUCGCGAACUAACAGGGGAUGACCCUCAGAGACCUUACACCAUGGGUACCUUCGAGUCCAAGCUGAACCGCUUUCAAGAACUCAUUCGCGACCUCACCUACCAGGACGUGGAGGCAACGCCCGAGGAACGACGUCAGUGGAUAACAGAGAAUCUCCGCUAUGAACAAUUUUGUGAGAAAAUUCGUGAGUUGUUUGGAUCAGACAUAAAAAAUCAGGACCUGAAGUCUGUUUACCGGAAAAUCUCCACAAACCCUGAUGCCAAGGUGGACUGGAGCGAACUGUUCGGGUACUUUCAGUCCGGGGUAGAGGAGGAAGAUAUGACUGUCGGGGAAGAAGUUUCUGUCUUCAUGGUGUCCAAACGUCGCAGAGUUGGCGAAGCAGCAGGUGACCGGAAGCGACGUGACUCGGUGCAGACCCUGAAGUUCGUCCCUUUAUUGGAUUCUUACCUGGCCGCAUCACAGAAAGGCGCCAUCACGGUGUGGUCCAGUAAGCUGCGGCUACAAGCUUGCGUGGAUCUGAAUGAGCCGGCCUGGGUGACAGGCUGUGAUUUCUUGCCCAACUUGCGCCGAGUUGCCUGCUGCACGGAGCGCAGUCUAGCGGUGUGGGACAACAGGGCAAAGGGCAACUCACAGAGUGUCUUCAUCCUCAAGCCGAUCGAGCACUCGCCCCAGUGCAUGACUUACAUGCCAGGUCCUCAGUUUUCCGAUGAACAUGAGGACACCAUUUUGUUUGGCGAUGACCAGGGGUACAUCAACGUCCUGAACCUCGUCGCCAAGGACCUCACGAUGAAGAACUCCAAAGGAGAGGGACGCAACUCUUUCAACAUGACGAUAGAACCGUCCAAGCUUACCCACCCAAUUGUGAGGCGAAAGAUUCACGGAGAUUGGGUUUUAAAGGUGAAAUAUUUCCCAGAUCUUCGCUGCUUCGCGUCUUGCUCUCCUAGCAGUCACGUGUCUUUUGUCUUGGAGGAGCCGGAAAGACUUUACGACAAUGGGGAAGUGAGGGGUGUGUCUGUACCCAAGGGCGUCAACUGUUUCGACUACUGUGUACGCGCAAACAUCAUUGCGACGGGUGGGGUUGAUAAAAUAAUCCGAGUGUGGCACCCGCAUAUCUUCUCCAGACCUACAGGAAAGCUCAUGGGUCACCUGUUCACAGUGAUCGACAUCGUCUGCAACGAGCGAGACCAGCACAUCAUCAGCCUGUCCACCGCCAGGGUCUUCAGGGUCUGGGACAUCCACACGCUCACCUGUCUACAGGUUUUCACGGAUAACGAGGAAAGGCCAGGAGAGAAGAGAAUCUACUCCAUGUUGUUCGACAACAAAAAUGAGCGACUGUUGACAGGUUCCAGCGUCAUUGACGCGUGGCCUCUGACGCGCGCCGUGCAGGACACGAUGCAGGUGCCGCACACACACGAUCGCCCACUCGUGCAGAUUCUGACCAACAAAGACCUGAACCAGAUCGUGUCUGUUUGCACCGAGUCUGUCAUCAAGGUGUGGGAGAUGGACACAGGUAAGCUGGUCUACUCCAUCAGCGAGGCCCACGGCCCUAACGUGGAAGUGACCGCUCUGGCUUUGGACAAUUCCGGGUACAGGCUGGCCAGCGGCGCCUUUGACGGCUCUCUGAAAGUCUGGGACUUCGGGGCCGGACAGUGCAUCAAAUGCAAGGCUGGACGUAGCACUGACGAGGAUCUGAGCAUCACUGGUCUCGUCUACCAACGCUUCUAUGAUGACCACGUCAUCGUCGCUUCCGGUUGGACCAACAAGAUCAAGUUGGUGUUGGACUCCAAAGAUAACACCGACUUGACGAUUUUGAGAGAAUUCAAUGACGUGUACUUCUGGACGAGAGAGGUCAGCAUCACCUCCACAAGCUCUUCAUCCUCUUCGAUGGCCUCAGCGAUACUGCCAGACAUCGGCCAGCCCAGCAGUCCAGUGACAAGCGUCUUCAGAAAGGACUUCCUCCUCACAAACCAUGAGGUGACAUGUAUGACAGCCAUCACCUCUGAUGUCAUGGCUACAGGAUGCGGAAACGGCAACAUCAUCUUCUGGAACGUUGAGAGGGCGGUGGUGGAGAAGAUCUUUCUCCUGCCACCCUCUCAAAACUCGAGCGCCAGAAGUCGACAUCGAAUGCGACAGGCUGGGGAGAGGAGGGUUAACUGCAUGAGGGUGCUGGUUCAUAGGGUUCGCCGCCUGGACCCCGCCUACAUCAAAAAACUGACAGGAAACUAUCGUUCCGGAACUGAGGAAACCAAAGAGGACGACAACAAAUCGCAGGAAACCGGGCGUCGAUCUAAAAGAUCAGUUGUGGCGAUAGGUCAAGGUCCAGACGGUCAGCUGGACGAGGACAGCAAGCGGCUGUUACGAGAGUUGUCCUCCAGUCUUGGCGGCAAAGAACAGCAAGCGCAGGACAUCGUCCAGGACAGCGCAGUCCAGACAAGGUCUGAAAGUCAGGGCGAGGACAAGAUUCAACAAGAAGCUUCUAACACAAAUACUGAAGAGAAACCCGACACUAAAGACGGCGAGAAGACAGAUGUGAAGACAGAGGCGCAUGAUGAUGGAACGGGAGCCUGGGGCUUAGACAGCGGUGACCCCGAUGCAAAGAUGAUCGUGGAUAUAUUUGACCCCAUCCUGGUCACCGUUCAUCACGAUGCUUUUGUCCGCUUCUGGGACCUUGAGACAGGUAAGACUUUACGAGAAAUCUCGCCUAUGACGAGAAGGCAGGGAGUGCCAGUGACCGCCAUUUGCCAUGAUGCCGACGUGAACUUCCUGGUCACUGGAGACAACAAGGGUUACCUCACACUAUGGGAUGUAAAAGCAUUCAUGGAAAACCCUACUUCAAAAGAAAAGGAAACUCUCAGACAAGUCGUUUCUUGGCGAGCGCAUCUGACAAGAGUUGUGUCCCUUGAAUACGUUGACUCGAUGAAAGCCAUCUUCUCCGCUUCGACAGACGGUUCAGUCCGAGUGUGGUGGGGAACAAAGGGAAGAUUCGUUGGAUUCUUCGGCCAGCAUCGUAGCUUUCAUUUUCCAGCCACCGAUGAGACAGCGGGAACCCCCUCUCUUCCUUAUGACAUCACUGAGGGUCCACUUGCUCCAAUCAAACGCAAAGGCACCAGCCAGAAGAUCACAGCAUCGCAGAAUUUUGAAUAUCCUCUUAUCUUCGAUCAACAAAGGUGGCAGCCUUUUCGACGGUCGGCGUACAUGGCUAAGAAGCACGAGGUUCUAAGGCCUGAAGACAAGAAGUUUUUCGGGGCCCUGAUCAAGCCCAGGGCUUACAAUGAUCAUCUUGAAAGCUUUACAACGGGCGAAAAAACUUCUGGUGCUGUUUUCAGGGCUUUGCCAGUUUACAGGAUUAAAACCCCUAAGAAGCCCAAAACGCCCGAUGUGAGCUUAAAGCAAAACAACGAAGAAGAGAAAAAUAUGUUUGGUCCGUCCUCAAUCUUUGGCAUCACUCAGGCUAUCAAGGGACUCAGGGCCUUUCGUCGCAACGUGGAGAAGUCCCGGGCAGCCCCAGCCACCAAGAUCACCGGGAGGAGAAGCCAUCAUACUAGACUUCCGGUUCUGGCCGCCAGCGCCUCGGCCCUCAACGGGACGGGACUGACCCUGUCCCCAGUGUCCAGACCCCGAUGAUGGAGCUUUCUUGUGUCCAGCAGCCUCUUGACAGCGUGUCCGUGAAUGAAGCUAUUACAGCUUGCCUCGUGAAGAGUGAUGGUCGACGAUUCAUUAACUCGAGGGCGAAAUGAUAGGACGCUGGUGUGACUGAGAUGUCUGUCCCUACAGAUGUCCGAGGGAAUAGUGGACAAGCACGAAGAAAGUGAAAUUAUGUGUAUGAUGAUUGAUUGAUUGUUAGACAUUACUCCCAUUACUACUACCAUCGUUCGUUCUACAACGUAAAUUACUGGAAAAAGCGUCAGGAACUGAUACAUCCAUACAGAAAUGAUCACAAAAUGUCGUACAUACAUUUAUACCAAGUCUUGUUUCUUCUUUUGUGGCAUUUUUUUCAACUCGGAUGUUUGCAGGCACACAUACAGACACGCAGAAAGAGAAAGGCAGAUGGAGAAAAGAAAAAUAAAAGCAUUUUCUGUUUGUCUUUAUCUUGUACAUAAUCUUGCCGUAUUAUCUUGCCGUCUACUUUGUCUAAAUUUCCUUCGAUUUCCAGGGUCAAAUUUUUGGUGAGGUCAAAAGGUGAAACGAAAAAAUCAGCUUCAGUAAUAGCAAUAACUGUUUCAGCAAUAACUUUAAUGGAACAAACGCUUCUUUCAAAUCAUAUUUUCUUUAAACAGACCUUAUUUUGAUUUUGACAUUUAUGACUAUGACUUUCAAAACUGUCAUCACGUCCAUUCUUGUACUCGCAUCACAAACACGGAUAUCUGUUUAUCUACAAUUGCUAGAUGUAUUCGCAUAUGAGUGUUUUCUGUGAUAUAUGAAGACUUGCAGUGAAUUUGUGAUUGAAGUGUAUUGUUGAGACAUUUCUGGUGAAAGAAUAAUGGGUGCGGGAACAACAUUUGCAAUUAAUUGUACAAAAGUAGGCAUCGAUGAACGGGGUAAUAGUAUAAUUCAACAAACGAACUCUGUAACAAAAAGACUUUCAUGAAAUGUUCAUAUCGCAUAUGUACAGCCCGGGGGACUUCAAAUCUCUGUAAAUAUUUUCACAUUCAGCUACACUCUUACACGAACUGUUCAUAUACCAUACGAUCAGACCGUUUAUACAGACUUCUGUUUGUGUUGUCUGUUUGUUUGUUUGUACUGUAUGCAAACAUUGUCGAUUAUUGUUAAUGUCAAUAUCACAGCAGCAGGAUAAUAGUCUUGUAUUAUUUAUACGAAAUAUGUAUUAUCAUAUGUACAUAAAAUUGCAAAUCGUAAACGAAGGGUGAUGCGUGGUGACCUGUGAUAUUUCGUUCUGCGAUAUUUUUGAAAGUCACGAUAGACAAGCGAGCAGAAAACCCAAUAAAAACCAAAGUUGUUGACAGUGUCUUUGAAAAUGCGGGUGUGUGUACAGCGAGCCACAAAUUUGUAAACGGGUGGAUAACGCAACAGGGAGACAAUUCAAAAGCAAAGUAGCCUAACACGUCACAAUUUAAAGCACACACCAAAUGUUUUCAUUUAAAGAAAAUUCCUUCGCUAAAUACAGAAAACAACAAAUUCCGAACAUCAAAAAUUCAUCUUACACACAUGGAUUUUGUUUUCUACCCCCGAGGUCGAGUGGAUCGCGUUGACCUGCAGGCUAAUAUUGUACGUACCCAGCCGAAUUAUCACAAACGUGCUUUUCAUGCAAAUCUUUAUUUCACUGGAGAUGAUCAAAGUCGAAACUGGAAGUUUUCUAGCGAGAGAAAACAACACAAGGCACAUCCAUGCUGUAUCAAAGACUGGACGGAAAUAUUAGUUCCAAUGUCUCUUCUAAACUCCCGAAUAUAUACAGGGACAAUAAGAAACAUCAUGUAGCUAAAAAAUUUUCGCGACGUCUCUAAAGCACACCAUUGAAAGACAUGGGUUAGCAUUAAGCUCUCCGGAAAUAUUAUUGCACGUUGUCUGUGUUUGUAUCUGUGUGUGUAUAAUGUGGUGGGAUAUCUUUUUGAAUAAAAGAAAUACACACACACAUACAAACACACUAAUACAAGCCCUAGUAAACCCAGCUUGGCAAAGUUAAAAAAAAAAGGUUCUACACUGUCCUGUCAAAAUCAAUAACAUGGAUUGGUGCCUUCAAAAAAUUUAAAUAGUAAGCAUUCAUUGAAAUUGCUCUUUGAACCAUCACACCCCCCUCCAAAAAAAAAA